CUUAAACCAUCUGUUGUCAAUUUCUUUAAUGCGUUUUUCUGGGCUGGAAAUGAAGUUGUGCGUUUGCCAAAAGGGUUGAAGGCGAGAUGACUGGCGUGCUUUGUGAGGUCUGCGGUUUCGACGGCUCCCUUAGUUGGCUUGUUAGGUGUAGAAACAGUGACAGAUGCGGCCAAGGGCGCCAUCUGUAUUGCCUAGAAGGCUUUCAUGCCCCAGAAGGCUUGCCCAAGGACCUUGCGGCGUAUGGCUCGCUUCAGUGCGCGAUAUGCUCACAGGGCAGCGGGGUCGGUCACAAGAAGAAGGGGACGACGGGCCUGCUUCAGCAGACUGGCAGUGGAGAGGAGUCGAGGGAGGCUGUGCAGGGCCAUGCAGCAGCAUCAUUGGAUGCAAGCUUGCCUGGUGGCAUACAGAGUAAGCACACUGGCAGGCAUGAGGAGGCGGAUGUGGAUGGAGGCGCGAACCUUCCCAGCAACCCGAACCUUCCCAGCAACCCAAGUCACCUGCGACAGCCACAGCAGCUGCGUGCUGCUGCUGCUACAAGCAGUGUGUUUGCCGAGCUUCAAGCUCAGAGGCAGCUCGAGUCGGAGGUGCUCUUUGACACCAGCCAAAUGCAGCUGAGCACAGCAGACAACGAUGGGGCUGGCGCUGGAUCACUGACUUCAGCAGUGGAUCCGCCAAUGCUGGGGGCUGUCUUUGGGGACUCUAGCAUUCCUGAGGCCCGGGGUGGGCUGUCAUCGGCAGCUACAGCUGGCAACAGCAACCGUGGUGAUGGGAGGCCGCUGAAGCGUGCACGGGUGGAUAUUCAAGGCCAGCGAGGACAAGCACAAGAGCAGGAACCAGUUGGAGGUGUGAAGGCCUCUUCAGCUUCAUAUGCACGUGGACGUGGUGCUGUAGAACAGCGGGCAGUAUCUUCAGCUGGACAAGCAGCACCUACAAAAGAUUCCAAGCGGCUUUUGAACACUGAGGCCCGCCCAGCGCACCGCCUAAACCAGGCCCCAUCAACUGUGAGCCAAAGGCAGGAAGCAUCAGCUCCUGGAGCACCAUCUAGCACGGCUGAGCGGGCUCAAGGAGAUUGUGCUGUGUCAGACGACCUUACACUGCCAACAGCCAUGGCAAGUGACCAGAAAGCCAAGCCAGUGUCACGGCCCAUGCUAGGGCGAAUGGGGCCUACCCCUAUGCCUGGCAAGGCAACAGCAUCAAAUGACCUCCCACGAGGUGUUCCUGCAGCACCCAGGCUUGGAAAGGGCCCACUGGCUGGAGGGCCGCAAAAAGGCCUUGCUGCAGCGCUUGGCAGCAGCAAUGAUGCACAGCCAGCUCGUAACUUUGGUACUGCUGGUGCAAGGGGGUUGCCUUUUGGCAUUGCCCCCCGUGUGCCACCUGUGCUGCCCAGGCCUGCACCUUGGUUAAAUACCACUGAUAAGGCUCUGUCCAACCUGCCUUCAGUUGGCUCAUCGCAGCCAGCAAUGGUUGGGCCUGACCAGGGUGACGCCAAGGAUAAGCGGGUUGACUUAUGGGAAGGUUUGGUCCCAAUACCCAGCUCUUCAACAACAACAAACCAGAGAAGCUUAAGGAUGAAGCUGCAGUCCACAAAUCCGCACGACAGCAUGGUGCGGCUCUUUUCCCUGCUGCCGGAAUCAGGAGAGGGGCUGAAGUGGCGACUCAUUCAGGAGGAGGGUGACAUGCCACCAGCCAUUGUCGAGGCCCGUAGGUUUUACUUGGAAAACCUGGCGUGCGAGACAUGCCUGGUUAUGUAUCCAAAGUUCUCUCUAGGUGCUGCUGGGCAAGGCUUUAAGGAGCUUCUGGGGAUCCUGCAAGGGCCAUCAAACAUCCUAGCCCUGGAGCUCAUAAACCUCACCAACGAGCAGCUUGUUCAGUACCCUGUGCUUGAACGGCUGCUGCUGCACACUCCACCGUCACCAAAAAGCCCUCAGCACCCUCUAUAUAGGCUGUACUUCGUCCCACACCAAGUCCCAACUGAUGGUUUAGACCUGGACAACGGUGCUGAGGACUGCUUGCUGUGUUUGACUGGAAGCAGGAAGCAUGUCUUCUCCAUGGCAACAUGGGACAAGGCUUCUGCAUCAGACAAGGGAGUAAAGGGCAUUCUCAAGAAGGAAGAUAGCAUGGAGGUGUCCAAGCGACGGGUGCAGUUCCGCCAUAUGGCUACCCUGGAGACCGAGCAGAAGGGCAUUGAGAAGACCAAGGAGCACCUGCGGAAGGAAUGCAAGGAGACCAAUGCUAGGCUCCUGCUUAGCCAGAAAGUUGAAGUGGAUGAAGAUGAUGACACUCCUGGAGCUCAGCCUGCGGAGGAGGCAAAGGAGGCUGAUGUUGCUGCUUCCUGUCGCCCUGACACCCACGAAAUACCAAUGCAGCCAUCAAGUGCUGCUGCUGGGGGCCCAGUAUCUGCUGCCAAGCUGGACAGCACACAGCAAUCUCAUCCCUCUCCUGUCAAUAUAGAUGCAGGGCAGGUAGAUACUCCUGAUGCAGCAACUUCUGUAUCUGCUGCUGCUAGUUCACACCAGCAGGAGUCUCUUGCAGCAGUACUAGAACCAUCCCCACCUCAAGCGCAGCAGGCUGAUGGCUUAUUAGCCCGGGCCACCCAGGCCCUGGCAUGGAAGCCUGUGCUCCCCUGCCAGGUACCUCCUUGUGCUGGGCCAGAGGUUGGCCUGCCAACAACCAUAGAGGCACUGGCUGCUGUCACUGAAAUGGAGGGUGGUCAGGAGGGAACUGCUGAAGCAGCACCUGAGCUAGGCUCUACCCUGCAUGGCCAAGGAUUGGGAAAGCCCUACUCAUCCUCAACUGGCCUUCUGGAGCAGGCUGCUGCUUUGCAAGCUGCAAUGUCUGCCACAGAUGCAGGCAUUGAAGCACCUGGUCCUACCUUGCAGGGCAUGCGUGCUACAUGGGGGGUGCAAGCCUUGGAUGUUCCCAUACCCCAUAGCAGUGCAGCACAAGGGAGUGGUGAUGAUCUCCUGCAGCUACUGGACUCAGUGUCUUCAGAUAUGUCCAUUGGCACAGACUCUGGCAGCACCAGCACCACCAUGGCUGGCAGCUACACGGAUCUUGACAGCAAGAGCAGCAUUCAUUUCCCUGACAUGCAGAGUGCAGACUUGCAUGGUGGGGAAUCCGCAGCGUGCAGCUCUGCUAUAGAACAAAAUGAGGGCUUCUUUAGCUGGCGGUGCCUCGUGCCUUAUGGCGGGGUCCACCCUGCUCAUCAGGCUGUUAGCUUGCCUCAGCCACCAUCAGUGAAAGCAGAACCAGAUGCCCGCAAUUUGUGGAGCUGGAGGGACCUCUUGCCAUACUUUCAAAGCAGUUGCAUGCAUGCUCCUGGUCCCCAGGAUGGCCCUACAACUGCCGCUGUUCCUUCUGGAGCUCAGGCUUUGGCCCCUGCUUGCACUGCGGCUGCUGGGGUUGCCCCAAUUAUGGGCAUGAACUGGAGCUGGUCGAAGGUUGCUCUACCGGUGCUGCAGCUUGCAAGCAUGGAGCAUUCCCACGAGCUUUGCCAUGAGCUCCGUGCUCAGCUGCCACAGCUCUGGAAAAACUUGAAGGCUCUGCCAGUUCUACCCCUCCAUGGUUGCCGCUUCGAGCUGGUGGCAUCGGAUGGGGAGGCACAGGAGCUUCAGGCUGCCAUGCAGGAGGCAGAGGAGGUGCUGGGGGUGGUGUGGAGCAGAGGUGACUUCACAAGGGCACCCAAAGAACUGGACAAAAUCCAAGUGCUGGCUCUGGGCACAUCUGUGGCUGACAAGAUUACGGAGGCCAAGGGUGUCAUCCUCAAGUCCAUUGGGGUGCACCCAAUCCAGAUCUACAGUGCACCGGCACUUGUGCUUGGGCUGCAACUGCUUGCUCGGGAGGUGCAGCGGGACCGCUCAGCAUGGGGUCCUGGUGUGCCACAUGCAGCGGUGGCGACUCUGGAGCGUGCACUGCAGCUGGCUGGGGCAGCACAUAAGAGCAACAGCAGCGUCCCUGCACUUGAUAUCCGGCCACUGUACCCGCAGCGUGUGGUCGUCUUGAUGGACGCAGAGGGCUUCCUGGACACCGAUCCAGCCGCCCUGAAGCGCCUGACCGGCUGCCUGGUGGCCGGCUCACGCUUGGGCGACGAGCCGUGGUCCCUCUACAUGCGUGCUGCGGACAUCACAACCGUGCUGGCACGUGGGUCACCCGAAUACCAGGGGCUGCUGUCCAGGGCCCUGUCACCCCAUUCCGGAAGCACCGCCGGCGGUGGUUCCAGCCCUCCGCUGCUGGUUCCGCUGAGCGCCGAAGUUGAGAGCAGUGCUGAGGGUGUGGUGCUGCUGCCGGACGCGGUGAAGCUGAUGUAUCUGCAGCGGCCGGGGCGGCUGGUGGUUGCCGCGUACAGUGUCCAGCAGGCAGCGGGGCUGGCGAAGACGGGGCGCUGCGCCAAGGACAUUCUGGCGGGUGCGGUGCUGGAGGUGGUGGCGUUCCUGGAUGCACUGCUGCAGAAGGGCGGCAGCAGCGGGUGAGGUAGAGGGGAGAGGGACAGGGCAGCAGCGGCGGUGGCAGCAGCAGCUGAGGCGGAGGGCAGAGGCAGCAGUCGUUAAUGGACAGUGGAGGCAGCAGUGGCGGUAGUGGCUGCAGGACAUAGCAGCAGCAGUAGCUGCGGGUGAGGGAAGGGGCUUUGGGAAUCCUGCAAGCCAGCGAUGUGUGUUAGCUUGCACGAGGUAUUGCCGGGGUACCUGCUGCCUGGUACCGGUGGGGGGUCGACUCGGUCUGGUUUGGAGUUCAGCAUGCCAAGUCUUGGAGGCUGUACUUCUUGAGAGGCUGCUUCUUCUGCAGCCAGGGGAGCCGAGGGGUGGAGUGCUGCCCAGAUUGUCGUUGCCCCUUGUACGCGCCUGUUCUAUCCAUAGCUUCCCAAUCCCUUGCUUGGUUAGGGGCAACCCCAAGCUUGGCUUAGAUGUGGAAUGGCUGGGUUUGGAUCAACGGAUGGGCUGGGUGUGCAUCAACGAACGCUGCAAAAAACAACUUGGAAUGAAUGGGUAUGCAUGCCACUGCAUGCUGAGCAACAUGAUACUUGGCGCAUAUAGGAUUAGCUCACCAACGUCCAGUGUGCAAGGGCGCCGUUAGGCUUGUUCUAUGACAGGCAGGCAGCUUGCUUGCCUGGGUUGGCUGGCCUUUGUGGAUUGCCAUCCAAGCUCGUUUCCUGAGCGGCUUGGGUUGGCACUGUCAAGAUCUUUCAGGAUGUCUUCUGAGGUCGGCUCAGGAGUUGCAAUGAAUUUAGACACAGCAGCAAACAUUUGUGUGAUGUAUGCGGCACGGCUUGUGGUGGUGCUGUGUGAUGGAAACAUGACAAUGACGGGCAGGACUUGGAUGUCGCAAGUUGCCGUACAUACGUACGUACAAGCGCUGAAACCUGCCAGCUGUGUCUCGCAAGGCAAGUGACUUUGAGCCGCCUGCGUAUCCGUGUCAGCAGGAACUUGGAUACGUACCAGCAUGCGUGCCGGGUCUACAGCAUUGGGCUAGGUGACGCAACACGCAAUGACUGAGUGUGAAUUGCAUUUGACGUGUGGAAUGAUUUGGAUCCUGUAUUUUGGUGGUUUCUUGGGCCUGCAAAUGGCUCGUUUCUGGGUGAUGUGGGCCCGGGCGGGUUGAGUGUUACCUUGGUCCCUUUAAGUAAGAGUCCCUUUUCCUAUGUUCCAUUGCAAUGUUUUACGAAAGUAGGUUAUCAUCUGCCGAGUUAGUGGGCACCAAGGGGGCACCCCUACCCUAGGAUGUUCGCGUGACGAGAGCAGACAGGUUGUUGUCUUGGGGUUUCUGGGCACGCCGACUUGGUUGGUAGGGGCACGCGGAUUCCGAAGGUGACCUGUGCCUAGGUGGCUGGGGGUCUUUCUGGAAGAUAGCACAGGAUUGCAUAUACCUAGAGUCCGUUCCUGAUGCUAUAUAGCAUUAUAGGACUUCCAUAAAGCAUCUCUCAUGUGCCGAAGGCCUCCGACACCUUAACACAAGAUGCACAGGGUGACGUGCUUUGCCACUGCGAGCUACGGGCAGUAUUGUCCGUAC